UAUUCCCAUGUUCACUAAACUGGCUCUACAGAGUGAAGCUUACUGUUUCUUUCACUCUCUUUGACUUCAACGCACAACCAAAGAAGCGUCCAGCAUGGUAUCAGCAGGGUUACAGAUGCUGGGCAUUGCCCUGGCUGUCAUUGGCUGGAUCGGGGUGAUUGUGGUUUGCAUUCUCCCAAUGUGGCUCGUCACGGCUUUCAUCGGACAGAACAUCGUCACAGCGCAGAUUACCUGGGAAGGAAUCUGGAUGAGCUGUGUGGUGCAGAGCACUGGCCAGAUGCAGUGUAAAGUCUACGACUCCAUGCUGGCCCUCAGCUCAGACCUGCAGGCGGCCCGUGCCUUGUGUAUUAUCUCCAUCCUGGCUGGUGUUGUUGGGAUCCUGCUAGCGGCUGCUGGAGGGAAAUGCACCAACUGCAUUGAAGAUGAGACAGCCAAGGCCAAAGUUGGCAUUAUUUCAGGAGCCAUCUUCAUCGUCGCUGGGAUUCUGUGUUUGAUUCCAGUCUGCUGGACCGCCAACACAAUUGUAAGGGACUUCUACAACCCGUUAACCAACAGUGCACAAAAGAAAGAGUUGGGAGCUUCGCUGUUUAUUGGGUGGGCUGCUUCGGCACUGCUGGUUAUUGGCGGCUCACUGCUGUGUGCAAAUUGCCCUCCCCGGGAUCAGUACACCACGAAGUACACUGCUCGGCCUGGAGGAACCAAAGGGUAUGUGUGAAGAGGAGCCAAAGAGCACUGCAAAUAGUGACAUUCAAACUGCCCAAUUUGUGAACAUUGUACCUUGGUCAGCUUUUGACCUGUGGUGUUACAAUUGACCAUGCAUGCGAACGCUCUAUCACUGACCAAAUGGUUGAAUUAGCCCUCAGUUCUCCAAGAUAUGACAGGAAUGGUGAAACACUCAGAAUGUAUCAGUGUGAAUGUGUCUGAACAGAACUCUACUGCCAAAGAACACUGUAAAUAUCUCUUCUUAACUUUGCUGACUGGCUUCACACUCUGAGGAUGUGCCUCAACUGUUAAGGAUUUAUAUAAAAUGUAAAUGUAUUCAUAUUGUGUUUUAAAAUUGUGACAGAUUUGAGCUAGAAAACAUUUCAAGUAU